AUGUCGGAGCUUCCAACCAUUCAGGAUCGACUCGACGAUCUCGAACUCCAGCUUUGUGACGCCCAGAUCGCGGUAGAACUCGCCACGGCGAAUAACGAACCGCUCGCUGUGCAAGAGCUCGCGACUCUUCGAGCCGACCGUGUCGAGUUGCAGAUACAACAGGAGACGGCACGCGCAUCGAAUCAGUUGCAAAAGAGCGAUAUCACACACCAAGAGCUCGAACUCGCGCUGCUCACACAGCGGAUCGAGUGCGCUACCUUGGCUGUCAACGGCGCUAGCGAGGCCGAGACGCGUCUCGCCGAUCUACAACUCAAGCGCUCGGCGUUGCUCCUUUCACAGUGCAAGAAGCACGCUCUGCACCGUUCGGCAUCUACUGCGGCGACAACUAGCUCGAGUGACCCAAUGCGCUCACCUUCUCGGGAUUCAGCGCCAGCACCCGCUCCCGAUGCCUUGUCCAAAUUGUCAUCCGGCCUCUCACCUCCUGACCAUCUCCGUUUAUCUUCGUUGUUGCGUGCUUCGCUUCCUCGGGGCCCGUCGCCUCACGCUUCCUCGCCGUGCUCUGUUCUUUCGUCGCCCGAAGUUCUUUCCGACAAGCCCGUCGUACCUGACGGCAGACCUAGUCCUACUGUGGCUGUCGACAACGGUGAUCAAGAUGCACAUGACACUGGCGACGUCGAGCGUGAGCUCAUCGGGGAGGAUGCGCGCCAGGACGCGAGCGUAGCUCGCGAGGCGCCGAGCCCUCGCAAGGGCUCGGCUGCUAUCAUCGACAUCGACGACGCCGGGGUAGCCCGCGAUCUUACCCCGCCACACGGUCGGUCACACAGAAAGACUCCCGAUGCCCUCCCGCAUGCCGACUUCGGCGACGACGCCCCGUUCAUGUUCGUGGGCUCUCCGCGUGCGCCCAGGACCGUCCUGGAGGCUCGUGCCAACAAGUCGAGUUCGCCGCUGAAGGCGUUGAUCAAGGAGCGCAUGAGCAAGUCGGCUUCGCCGCAGAGGGCGUCAAUCAACGCGCGCGCGAACAACUCGGUUUCACCGCUGAAGGCGCCUCCCAAGUCGGACGCCAAAACUCACAAGGCCGUCGCGUCCGCGAGGAAGAGCGGCGGAUACAAGGAGCCGACCGGUCAUCCGCAACGCUGGAUGUUCCGCACCCUGAAUUUCGGUGCAGCGGCUCUGCGGACGUCUUCCGACUGGCCCGAUCGCGUCUGCCACGAAGUUGGUGCACUCUGGGCAGCAGUCUUAUCGUGGGAGAUUCGGAACGAGUUCAAGGAUGGGACUGCCAAGGCGCCUGCGCAAUCCUCGCUGAUGGGGAACAUCGUGUCCAAGUCGCGCUUCGGACCGAACUUCCACGACGUCAUCAAGAAGGAGCCCGAUUUCUCCGUCAAUGUUGCCCGCUGCAUCCAUUCCCUUCGCCGUUCGACGCUCGCAGAGGUGGUCAAGAUGCACGGCACGCAUGGUCUCGCGGCAGUUGCGCGCGCUCUCCUGGAGGCCUACAACGGCGACGAAUCUUUUGGCGUCUUCUUCAUUCCUCUUGCUCGUGAACUCACGACCGUUUUGGACAUCGCGUCUGCAGUACCUCCCGCUCGCACGGACGACAACGACAGCGACAGCGACAAUAACAACAUCGAAGACCAAGGCGUCAAUCUCACCGGUACAAUACUCGAAGCCCUCAACGCCCGUGACGGCUACGAUGCGACUCCCGCCACUCGUGCUCUUCAGGCGCUUGUAGCGCUUGAAGGCAACGAGAAGAAGCGCGACGCGUCGCAUCUCGACACCGAAGCGGGACCUUCCAAGCGUGCUCGUCGUUCGCCUGACGAAUGA